CGAGACGCUCCUGUACUUCGCCCAGGAGGCCCGGAGGCGACGGUCGGAGCAGACCAACCUGUGGAGCGAGCCCCACGACACGUCGCACACCGAGAGGGACGACGAUCGGGAGCUGUUCAACAUGCUGCAUAAGCGAUCCAGGAUGCGCAGGGGGUCCCAGGAUUACCGCCGGCUCAGCCUCGACAUCCAGUCCGUCCGGCAGGAGCGCAGGGACGUGCUGGGCAAGUGGAAACUGGUCCUGGAGAGCCUGG